CGCGGGUGAUAAAGCGACAAGGCUCGAAAAUCAUUGUUCCAUUUAGCCGUGGCGUCAGUUACCGUGCACGCUCGCGUUCCGCAUUACUUGGGCACGCGUGUCUACAACGAACAUAUCCGGCUCGAGCAAAGGCCCGUAGUACAAGCCAACCUGGUCACCGCCAUGGCCGUAGGAUAAUAACCCGGCCCGCGGUCUUGCCUAAAUGAAGACGUCGUUGUCGGUGCCGUCGCUGCGGCGUGAGGUCGUCAGCGACGCCCAUUCGAAACUCGUGGUGUUGGAUUUCGCCCUAUGCGCGGCUGUCAUAACACCCGCCGUCAUCGUGUACUGGCGGGUCACGUGGGCGCUAUUCGACAUUUACCUGUUGCCGGCACACCAGCAACUCAGCGUGGUCGCGUCCCUGUGCAUCGGCUUUUUCGGUGUCACCCUGUUCACGUUAGCCCAGCACCGACUCGACACCGUUCUGCAUUCGUGGAGAGACACGGCCGGCUAUUAUGUGAUCACCCGCAGCUACACGGCCCUGUUCGGGUGCGCGUGCAUCAACUCGUGGCGCGGCAUAUGGGAGACCAUGGACCUUUUUACAGGCUCCGACCCGGCCGUGGUGGCCGCCACGGUGGUGCUUGCCUUCGGCACCCUGAUCGCGAUGGGCACCCUCCGUAACGUAGUCGCGCCACCGGUGUCCACGCUGUCCGAUCACUACCACGGGUACUUCGAGGUGCCCACGUUGUUUCGCUUACGAGGCCAAAGGGGUACGGGAUCGUUUUUGUACGUACUAGAUAGUUUUUUUAGCGUGUGCAUUAUUGGUUCACUUGUAGUGAUCGUAUGGCGAGGCGUUUGGAAUAUCAUGGAUGAAUACUUAUAUCCAGACAUGCAAGAUAUAUCAGCUUGGCUAUCACUGGCCAUAGGAUACGGCGUAGUACUAAUAGCAUUCGCCUUACAACCCACAGUAAAAAGUAUAGUUAAAAAAGUCAGAGGUAUCAAGCGAAUGUUCAUUGUGGACACUUACUUGUUGUUUUCGUUUUUCGGAGCAGUUAAUGUGUGGCGAGGAAUAUGGACUAUGUUGGAUGUGUACUUUCUUCCAGAUGCCCCAAUGACCAGUUAUUGGAUAUCUCACAUAGCGUGUUUUGCAAUUUUAGUUGCCUUAAAUUCUUCCAACUCUAUAUUGGUUCGAGGCGUUUACAUGGACGCUGAAGAGGAUGGCACUCAAUGCGUUGAUUUCCCGUGUUACUACUUCAGACUUUUAGUACAAAAAAGAAAAAGAAAAAAAACCCGAAACGCUGAGCAAGAAGGCAAAGAAAUGAUACAAAUCAAGGUACAGCCAACCGAUGAAACCACGGAAACCGUGACCGGCAAACUCCUGUCGUCGUCGACAACAAAUGAAAAUGGCGGCGUUAUUACCAGCAAAAUGAACGGCGACGAGGCUGAGGACACUCUACCAAACAACAACAAAAUAGUCUGACACGAGAUAGUUAAUUAACUGCAGCAGUAUACGCUCAUUAAGUUUGUGCUUUUCGGAUGGUACGAAAACAGUUUCAAAAGAACGACUGUAUAUUAUUAUUUUAUACACCGUAAUAUUGUUCCUGAAAUGCCUUGCCAUAGAAUUUUUUUUUCUACUCUAUAGGCACUCCGAAAUCGCUGACGGUAUACCUACAACUAAAAAUCAUGUAAAUAAAUUAUUAUUCGUUACCUUAUACUGUAUUUAUUAUAUAAAUAUAUAUAUAUCUAUUGUUUUUUUUAUAAAUAUGUAUUAAUGUACAGGGUUGUGUACAAUAUACUAAACACGGACGACCGGUCAUCUUAGAAGAUUUAACGUUUAGUUUUUUUUAGGCGCUAUACUUAUGGAAAUUAUUUCAGGUCAUUUAGAAUGUCACAACGCGCUUGGCUCCACUUAACAUUUUUUUUUUAUUUACAAAUUGUAGCCUACCACUUAAUUAUUCCUUAUAAGUUUAAUACGCGAUUUUUAAUAGUAAUUACUUAUAAUUUAUUAGUUUCAAGCGUCUUGGAAUAUAAGUGUACGAAGUAAGGACUACCUAUUCACCCGCGCAAUAUUCAUCCCACCUAUGUUUUUAAACGUUAAUAAAAAUGUUAAAACCUUAACAGUUACUAAUCUUAAGUAAAUGUUAAACUAAUCAAUUAAUUAUUUUUUAAUUUAAAAAAAAUUAGUAAAAAUAACAAGUCAUAAUGAAUAAAGAUUGACAGGGGUUAACAUUUUGUACUAAUUGUCGAUUAAUUGUUUAAAUUUUGUUGGCAAUGAUAUUUUCCUUAGGUUUUGUGAAGUAACUCUAAAUAAUUCUCUCGAGUUUUGCAAACACAAACGUUAACUCUUGUUUAGUAAACUACUCUGUACAUAGAUACCUUAUUCAAAUGUCUUUUUGUAAAUAAUUAAAAUUUAGUUCGAAUAUAAGGUAGUGUUAAUUAGUAGUAGCUAUAUGUAUGUGAUUUUAAAUAGAAUGUUGUUGUUAAUAUUA